GAGGAGGAAGAAGAAGAAGAAGAAGACGAAGAAGCAGCAGCAGCGUUGUAAACAGUCCGACUCCGACGCAUCUGUUGGUCUCAUGUACUGAAGGAUAGGAUAGUGGAUGUAAUUAACUAUCGUUAGUUAAUUUGUGGGUUAGAGGCACAACAAGCAGUUACUCUGCGGAUAUUUAUUAGCAUAGUAUUUCAUUAGUAGUGACGUCAGGUAAGACUUGUUUCCUGAUACGUAGUUACUCUCCACUUUGCGUUAAGACUAGCUAAAUUUAAUUAACCCACGUUGAGUUAAUAGUUAUGGUAAGCUAGCUAGCUCUCAAAUAUUUUAUACAGUCAUGAUUGAGCUGUAAAAUAAACAAUGUACCGGUUGUCAUCCAAUCGCCGUGUUACCGUUAGAUGCCAAACUGAGUAAUUUUCGUCUGUUUUAAGAAGCUAGGUAGCUGUUUGCUGUCCAAGGAACUUUUAACAUAUUGUUAGCAGUGACAUUAGCCACCAGACCGAGCUAAGAACAAGCCAUAGGCUCAGCUAUAGCGCAAUGUAAAGCCAUAAGUCAAGGUGACAUGUGUACAGAUUACGACUGUGCCAGACUUUGGAUGGAGUCAGCACCCAAGUUUUUAUUGUCUUGUGUAGUCGCAGCAAGGGACCUCAGGGUUCGGGAUUCAGGCCAUCCUCUACAUCAGCGAGAGAAGAAUGGUCAAAUAUUUCUGUAAUAACAUAGACAUCAGGAGUACGUGGGACCAUGUUGUCUCUGCAUUUUGGCAGAGGUACCCUAACCCAUUCAGCACCCAUGUUCUCACAGAGGACGUUGUGUACCGGGAGGUGACUGCAGACCAUCGGCUCCUCUCUAGACGCCUCUUGAUGAAGACCAAUCGGCUGCCUCGCUGGGCAGAGCGGCUGUUCCCCGCCGGCAUGUCUCGCUGUGUGUACAUCAUCGAGGACUCGAUCGUGGACCCUGUCAAUAGGAGUCUUACCACCUACACCUGGAACCUCAACCACACAACUCUCAUGUCGGUUGAAGAGCGUUGUGUUUUCCAAGACUCCGUGGAGCAGCCAGCCACCACCCAGCUGAAACGGGAAGCGUGGAUAUCCUCAAAUGUUUAUGGCUUCUCCAGACCUGUUCAGGAGUUUGGAUUGGCCCGCUUCAAGAGCAACCAGGUGAAGGCCAUGAAAGGGCUGGAAUACGCACUGUCCAACCUACAGGGAGAGACGCCCCAGCGGCUGCUCAGGGACACAAUGAAGGAUGCAUCAGAGAAGGCCAAGGAGGCAGCCAAGAGCCUGGCUUCAGCUGCUGCUGUCCCACAGAAACCCCAGCAGUACGUCUGACAGGACAGUGUGUGAAGUACUGUCCAGGUGACAUGAGCUCAACACAAUGCCUUUUUGAUCAUCUUGACUAGACUGAAAUUUUCUGGGAUCUUGCCGAUCGCUGUUUAUUCUCUUAAUACUGCAAUCUGUGUUUGUCAGAUUAGCUCUCUUCUCUACGCUUAAACUUUUGUCUUUUUCUUUCUCUGUUCUCAGCUUUCCGUCUUUUCUCUCAGCUUUCAUUAAAUCUCAGGGCCUGAGCCUAUGUAAGAAACAUAUUGCCUUUGUGAAAACCAGAAGCACCCUUUUAAUGCUGUAACUACGCCAGGUGCAAAUGCACAUUUUCGUGUCUUGCAAUAUAUUUAAUUUAUCUAUCUAUUUUAUUUUAGUAAGCAUAUUUUCAUGCAAAAUUAUGGUCAAACUUGUUUUUAACAGAAUGGCACUUUCGCUUGCAAUCAUCAGCAAUUCAAGUGAUAUAUUACUAGGCUUUAGGUAUUGGUCCAGCCUCAAGUUCACAUUAGACCAAAUCAUAAUACUGUGACGGUGUAGUUUUAAUUUCACUUAAGCAAAGAAGGACGAGGAUUAUAAUUUAAUGGUUUAAUGUGCAUGUAUUUAUUUAGUUAUCCUCAUGAUUUCUUCCUUGUUUAACAUUUUCUGGGUUUGCGACUGUACUAAACUUCUCACUUUGAAACACAUCAGCACACAGUAUGUGUUACUAGUGUCAGCACACAAUCUAUAUAUAUUGCACAUAAAUAGAAAAUUAAGUAUAAACGCAACUGGUUAGUCACUGGCAGCACAGCCUGUACUGAAGUGUUGAUAAUCACAAGAUACCAAAGUGACUUGUAUCAGUUUUCACAACUUUGUGCUCAAUUUUACUUAAUUUUUUCAGUCUGCCUGUUGAUAUGAAGCUAAUAUUAUUGUAACAUUUCAGUGAUUGCAUUCCCUUUUUAGAUGGAAUUGUCUGGAUUUUUCUGCUGCAAGACUUGAAUUAGAGUUCAAAAAUAAGUUAUGUAAUGUAUUUAUGAAGAAUUAUUUAGCAUUAAGCAUUUGUAAUAUGGGGUGUAUAUAUAGAUUUAUUUCAACCAGGUAGUAGUAAGAUUCCACUGGACCUUUUUAAUUGAAGAGUUGAACAUGUUUGCCACUCAUUCAAAAACAUGUUCAACCAACCCUGCAAGUUAAAGUCCAGUGUUUGUUGUCUUGUGUUUUCUCAUUGUCAAAUCGAGCAGUAAUAAAAUUUGUUAUUAUAAAGUUA